UUCUGGGAGCCAUCUCCCUUCCCCUCCCCCCCCUCCCCAAACAAUCCCUACCCCCAAAACCCCAUCCAAUUAGCUAAACCUGGUGGGAAUCACUGGACAAAAUCAGUUUUGCAAAGUUUUUGCAAGAAGUGUAAUCUCGGUAACCCUGCCACUGGAAUUUAGAGGGGGCGGGGGGGGUGGUGGUGAGGAAAUAUUUUGGGUUCCGUCGUCACUGGCACCGACGCCAGCCAGGCUCAGGUUCAGAUUCGGGGCCUGUGCCAACGCACUGGGAGGCAAAGCCCAGCUUUGCAAGCGGAGAAAGUUCGCCCCGGGGCCUGGUUUGCUUGCUUGGUGGUGGGAGUUGUUUCGCCUUGGCUGCGUACAGCGAGAUCCCUGAGGACCCCUCGGGAUGACCUCGGCAUCAACGAAGGUGGGCGAGAUCUUCUCAGCAGCUGGGGCUGCAUUCACCAAGCUCGGAGAGCUGACCAUGCAGCUGCACCCGGUGGCGGACUCCUCGCCGGCUGGUGCCAAGUGGACAGACACAGAGAUUGAGAUGCUGCGCUCGGCCGUAAAGCGCUUCGGAGAGGAUCUAAACAAAAUCAGCACCGUCAUCAAAGACCGCACAGUUGCCCAGAUCAAGACCACGGUGAAACGCAAGGUCUAUGAGGACAGCAGCGUCCCCCUCCCCUCGGAGUCUCCCAAGAAAACGCAGAAGAAAGCAACAGCAGCAGGAACCGGGGUCUCAGUACCAGCCGCGCCAACACCAGCAGCCACCGUGGGGAACACACCUCCCACUGACUCAACAGCCGUUAAGAAGCAGAAGACGUCCGACGUGACACUCAGCGCCCUCAACGACUCGGACGUCAACAGCGACCUGGUGGACAUCGAAGGCCUCGGAGACGGAUCGCCAGCCAAGAAACUCAACUUCGACCAGGGUACAUGUCACUCUGCUCCCUGGGGUGGGCUGCGGAGGGAGACAGUCUGAGCCUCGAUUCCAGUCUCAUCAUGAACACCUCAGACACCCCCCUCUUGUCUCGUUGAAUCUUCACCUCCUCUCACACUCUCUCUCGCUGCUCUGACAUCCCUGUCUCCCUGGAGAUGUGCCGCUUUCAGACCAGUGCCAGCUCUCUGGGAGGCCGACCGGCUGCCCAACGAUGCCCAUCGCCAACUCACCCGGCGGGGAUGCCAGCUUGGGGAACAGCACUAGUGACUUUGUAACCAGCUUCCAACUGGGCUGUUACACGAGGUUUUGUUUUAGACGUGUAGCAGGUUUCCACGCUUUUCUCAAUAAAUGACAAACUACUCGA